CGCGGGGACUAAAGCGGCGCGAGCGGCUCCGGGCGAGGAAAGGCGGCGCGCGCCGAGCGAGGAAUCAAGAACUCUGAAAUCAUGGCAGCGAAACCCAAGCUGCACUACCCCAAGGGAAGGGGGAAGAUGGAGUCAAUCCGAUGGCUGUUAGCAGCAGCCGGGGUUGAGUUUGAUGAACAAUUCAUAGAAAAAAAGGAAGAUCUGGAAAAAAUACGCAAUGAUGGUUCCCUGCUGUUCCAGCAAGUGCCCAUGGUGGAGAUUGAUGGGAUGAAGAUGGUGCAGACCAGAGCCAUCCUCAGCUACAUCGCAGCGAAAUACAACCUCUACGGCAAGGACCUGAAGGAGAGAGCCUGGAUUGAUAUGUAUGUGGAGGGGACAACAGACCUGAUGGGAAUGAUCAUGUCUCUCCCUUUGCAAGCUGCUGAAACAAAAGAUAAACAUCUUGCCUUAAUCAUUGAAAGAGCUACAACCAGGUACUUUCCUGUUUAUGAAAAGGCCUUAAAAACCCAUGGGCAAGAUUAUCUUGUUGGAAACAAAUUGAGCUGGGCAGACAUCCAACUGCUGGAAGCGAUUUUAAUGGCAGAAGAAUGUAAGGCUGAUAUACUGUCUGCGUUCCCUCAGCUACAGGCUUUUAAAGGAAGAAUAAGCAACGUUCCUACAAUCAAAAAAUUCUUGCAGCCUGGCAGCAAGAGGAAGCCACGACCAGAUGAGAAGUAUAUUGCCGAGAUGAGGAAAAUAUUCAAUUUCUAAUCAUUUCUAAUCAUGUGGCUUCUGAAGAUGACACAGCUGUAGAGUAUUCCAAGAGCUGUGCCUUAUCACUGUAAACUGCAUAGAUGUAUUCUAUAGCUUGGAUCAUAUAGCCAGUCACGUGGUAAUCACUGAAACAGAAUACACUUUUACAUCAGUAUAAAAGGCUGAUUUGAGUCCAGAAAGUUUCAUGGAACAAUGACAUGAAAUAAAAUAUGCUGACACUUUG